UUUGUUUUAUCGAUAUUGUGUUGUCGUAAAGUGUCAGAGGGUGCAGUAUAAGUCUUUAGAGUUGUGAGCAAGUCUGUGUCAAAUAUGAACAAUUGUAACGAUCCGAAUCCAAAAGAAACAACUUCCAAAUAUUACCGAACUUGCAAUUUGCCGAAAAGAUUUGAAUAUCCUUCAUGGUUUCACGGCUAUGGUACAGAACGACAGCCCCCUUUACACCCUUGUUAUAGAACAACUUCUGGCGACUACGGAAGGUAUCCCCCAAACAUUCAUAGUGUCCCCACGUCAUAUUACCCUCAUGUUUCUGAAUUUACAAAUUUUUUGUCUCGAUUUGGAAUGUAUAGAAAUUACUCGCUGAACACCGGUCUCGAAAAACCCCGAACGAUCUAAUAAAAAAUUAACUAGCCUUUCAACGAAUUUUCCAGAGGAAAAUCAAUGUCCGACAUACCGCCACCUGUCUGCAUUUUCCGGUGAAAAUUUGGUCGUUUACACAACAGGAAAAUAAUUCUGUUUUACUCUGUAGAAUUUACAGUUUUCAACAAAUCGUAUAAAUAUAAUUUUACUUGCU